AUGUCCCACUCUCCUUCCAAACGUUUAAACCAAAUUAACCAACACAUCAACAUGACUAAUACUCUCUCUGUUUUCCAAGAGGUUCCUCAAGCUCCUCCAGAUGCCAUCUUCAAUCUCACAAACCAAUACAAGGCCGACAAGGACCCCAAGAAAAUCAACAUUGGUGUUGGUGCAUUCCGUACUGAUGAAUUGAAGCCUUACGUGCUUCCUGUUGUCAAAAAGGCUGAGGCUAUCUUAUUCAAUGAUGAGACCCUUGAUCACGAAUACCAGCCCAUUGCCGGCCAAAAAUCCUAUACAAAUGCUGCUGUAAAGUUAAUUUUGGGUAAGGAUAGCCCUGCUAUCGCAGAAAACCGCUAUGCUGGUGUCCAAACCAUCUCUGGUACCGGCGCAAAUCACACUGGUGCUCUUUUCCUUUCCCUAUUCUACAACAAGAGCAAGAAGUGCUACAUCUCCAAUCCUACAUGGGCUAACCAUCGCAAUAUUUUCAGUUUGGUUGGUUUUGAGGUGGAAAACUAUGCCUACUGGAACCUCGAGACUCGUGGUUUGGAUUAUGAGGGAUUAAUACAGUCAAUGCGUGAUGCACCUGAAGGCUCAAUCUAUGUCCUUCAUGCUUGUGCUCAUAAUCCAACUGGUGUUGACCCUACUCGUGAACAAUGGAAGGGUAUUGCCAAGGUAAUGCAGGAAAAGAACCUCUUCCCCUUCUUUGAUUGCGCCUAUCAAGGUUUCGCUUCCGGUGAUUUGGAUAACGAUGCUUGGGCUGUUCGUUAUUUCGUCGAGCAAGGUUUCGAGUUGUUUGUAUGCCAAUCAUUCGCAAAGAAUUUUGGUCUUUAUGGUGAACGUGCCGGUAACUUGACCAUUGUUACAAAGUCUACAGAGGAAGCCCAACGUGUCUUGUCUCAAUUCGAAAAGCUCCAACGUUCUGAGAUCUCCAACCCUCCUGCUUUCGGUUCCCGUAUCGUAGACAUUGUAUUGAACGAUGCUGCAUUAUACAAGGAAUGGACCGAAAAUUUGAAAUACAUGUCAGCUCGUAUCAUUGAGAUGAGAAAGGCUCUUUACAACAAUUUGAUCCAGCUCGAAACACCUGGCACAUGGAAUCACAUCACUGAUCAAAUCGGUAUGUUUUCAUUCACCGGAUUGAAGGCAUCUCAAGUCAAGGUUUUGAAAGAGAAAUAUCACAUUUACAUGACUGAAAAUGGCCGUGUUUCCAUGGCUGGUGUUUCUACUACCAAUGUCGACUAUUUGGCCAAGGCUAUUGACGAUGUUGUUCGCAAUGUCAACUAA